AUGAAUCACCAUCAUGACGGCCGCAUCGCGGUCUACAGCGAGAAAGAGACGAACACGCGGGAAACGGUUUGGCAGAUGACCGGCAAUGCCAAGCUCGGAGGGCCGAAUUGGCAGAAAGUCCGGAUACCGCUACCGCUCUCUAAAACAGCAACGAAACUAGUCAUCUCCGCAAAUCUUCUGAAGGUCAAUCAAUACGUUGCACUGGAUGAUUUUCAAAUAGUUAACGGCGAAGGCCAGGCGAUGGGAUGCGUCGUGGAACCGAGAACACGUUCGUGGAAAGAGUGGAAGCUCACCGAUGGAUUGGAACAGAAUUUUUCCGGUAACAACUUGCGAGAUGAUCCAACGAACCAGAAAUUGCUCAGCGCCGUAAACUGGACUUCGCUUGAUGCUACUCUCGGAGGGAAGAGCGCUGAACUGUACAGUUUCUUGAGAAAAUUUAGACAAGCAACUGGCAGCAAGCUGAACGUGCAAGAGCGAGUGGCGAUGGGAAAGGACAUAAUGCGCAUGAUAGCACAAAAGCAUCAGUCGAAAGAACAUUCGGUCAUGACUGAUUACGAAGCCAUGCUAAAAAAAAUCAUGCCUGAAACAGGAACGUGGAAGCCUCUAACAGUGGCACAAGAAGUGAACAAAGCAAACGCAACGACAAACCCUGAUCCAUGGGGAGUAAAUCAGCUUUUAUAUGAAAUGGCGAAGGACCUCUUGAAUCUAUCAGGAAUAUUCCCACAGGAAGCUUCGAACAUGGACUCUGCUCAUGAAACCGGCGAAAAUUGGCUCCGGAAAAUUUUCGGCUAA